UGACGUCGUCAGUGCAAUUUGUGUGGCACCUGGCUAAAAACUUCAUUUGUGAUUUAAUUUUCAAAAGCCCUAAAAAUUAUGUAAAUUUGCUUCACAAUAUAGAGUCCAACCGUUAAUUAAUGUGGAAAUCGUUAAAAGUGUAAUCGCAAAACGGUUGGCGUACAACUGAGUCAUAUCCCGAUUCGCUUACUAUUAUUUUGGUUCGUUUGAAAAAAAGGUGCAGCAAUGUCUUCAUCAGCAAUAUAUGUUCUUGAUGUCAAAGGCAAAGUUUUGAUAUCCCGCAACUAUCGGGGAGAUACCAUGGAUAUGGCGGCUAUCGACAAGUUUAUGCCACUGUUAAUGGAACGCGAGGAGGAGGGUCUUAUAACGCCUAUACUGCAGACGGCUGAUAACACCUUUGCGUAUAUCAAGACGAACAACCUUUAUAUUGUUUCAACAACCCCACGCAACAAAAAUGUUAAUAUCGCACUGGUAUUUGUUUUUCUGCAUAAAAUUGCACAAGUUUUUGUGGAAUACUUCAAAGAGUUGGAAGAAGAGUCGAUUCGCGAUAAUUUUGUAAUAAUAUAUGAAUUACUUGAUGAAUUGAUUGAUUUCGGUUACCCGCAGACGACGGAUUCAAAAAUAUUGCAGGAGUACAUUACCCAAGAGGGACAUAAAUUAGAACUCCAACCCCGUCCACCGCUAGCUGUUACCAAUGCAGUCUCUUGGCGUUCUGAAGGAAUAAAGUAUCGCAAAAACGAAGUAUUUCUCGAUGUGAUAGAAUCGGUGAAUCUAUUGGCUAACGCUAACGGAAAUGUGUUGCGCAGUGAGAUUGUCGGCGCCAUUAAAAUGCGUGUGUAUUUAUCUGGAAUGCCAGAAUUGCGGUUGGGAUUGAAUGAUAAAGUAUUAUUCGAGAGCACUGGGCGAGGCAAAUCUAAGUCAGUAGAAUUGGAGGAUGUAAAAUUCCAUCAAUGCGUACGUUUAUCACGUUUUGAGAACGAUCGUACUAUAUCGUUUAUACCACCAGAUGGAGAGUUUGAGCUGAUGUCCUAUCGACUUAACACUCACGUAAAGCCUUUGAUUUGGAUUGAAUCUGUCAUUGAACGUCAUGCACAUUCCCGUGUUGAAUACAUGAUAAAGGCAAAGUCGCAAUUCAAGCGCCGUUCCACUGCUAACAACGUUGAGAUAGUUAUUCCCGUUCCGGCAGAUGCAGAUUCUCCUAAAUUUAAAACAACAAUAGGCAGUUGCAAAUACGCGCCAGAGCAAAAUGCUAUUAUAUGGACGAUUAAAUCAUUUCCCGGCGGUAAGGAGUACUUAAUGCGUGCACAUUUUGGUCUGCCAAGCGUUGAAAGCGAAGACAAUAAUGAGGGGAAACCACCGAUACAGGUACGCUUCGAGAUACCCUAUUUCACCACAUCGGGCAUACAAGUGCGCUAUUUGAAAAUUAUUGAGAAAAGCGGUUAUCAGGCGCUGCCUUGGGUGCGCUAUAUUACUCAAAAUGGUGAUUAUCAACUGCGUACCAAUUAACCUGCCCGGCGGAGGAAAUAUAUUUGUACUAAUAUGCACUCUGCAAGACGUUAAAUUAUUGCAGUAAAAUGUUUACUAUUAAAUUUUAAAGUGUAUUUUUUUCAAUUUAUUUGACACUGUAUUAGCUGAUGAAAUUUUCAGCAAAAAUAUUCAUUCCGUUCAACCAGAGUUGUAAUGAUCUACAUAUUAACAACUACUUUGUUUUAAACUUAUUUAAA